GAGCAGACAUUUCCUGAACCGGAAAUGUCCCCAUUUGGUUGCCGUACCGUCUGUCUCCAUUUUCAAAACGGCUAAGCUUUAUUGCGCACACCGGAAUUGUUCAGCAAAGACGUUUAAAUAAAGAGACGGAUCGUUUGAAUUAUUCAAGAGAGAACGGAACAUUGUCCCCCAUCCAGACCGUCAAACAAAAUGAUGGAGCUGCCCAACUACAGCAGCCAGUUGAUGCAGCAGCUGUGGGCUCUGAGGAAAGAGGGCCACUUCUGUGACUGCACCAUCCUGGUGGGAGACAAGCCUCACCGGGCGCAUAAACUGGUGCUGGCUGCCUCCAGCAUGCUCUUCAGGUCUCUCCUGGAUGACUCCGACACCAUCUCCAUCGACACAACCAUGGUUUCCUCGCAGGAGUUUGGCUGUCUGCUGGACAUGGUCUACACUGGCAAGCUGCCUCUAGGCAAGCACAACGUCAGCCGCAUUGUCGCCGCUGCAGACAGCCUGCAGAUGUUCGACGUGGCUGUCGGUUUCAAAAACAUCCUCACUAAUCUUGUCAGCCAGCAACCCCCAGUCCCUGUCCUGUCUACACAGAUCCCAAGCCUAGCUGUGAUCAAUAAAGCCCAGACCCCCAACCCCAAACGUCCAGCUUCACCCGGUGAGAGCGAGUCGGUUCCAGACAAGACAGAGCCAGUGGCUGAGCUAAAGAGGGACAAAGAUCAGGGUGACCAUGAAGACUCAGGGGGGCCAGCAUGUAAAAGAACCUGUGUGGAGUCCUCAGAGCCUGAAGAAGCCAAUUCCUCAGAAAGCGUAGCAGAAGAAAGCAACAUGACGGCAGCCCAAGUGUCCAAUGAGCCUGCCCCUGGUAUUCAGGAACAUUUCUCUCAGCUUGUGGAGCUCCUCACCAGCAUGCCAUCCGUCGUGGAGCUGCUGAGCCAGGCAGCGCAGAGCAGCCUGGAUGAACACGAGAAACAGGUUGUGUGUCAGUGCUGCGAGGAAGCAGAUCCCUGCUCAGCAUUGGAGAAGCUGGUGGGCACAGUGAAGGAGGGGCAGCUUACUGAGGGAGCUCUCCUCAGGCUGCUCCGGGCUCUUCAAAAGAAAUCUCCUUCCUGCUUCCCCAGACCACUGCUUCCUCUGCUGGAGGAGGAGGGGAACCCGCAGGAGCCGCAAGCAAACCAAAGUGGAGGUGAAGAAAAUCAAGGAGAGGACGAAGAGGAAGAAAACAGCAAGGAGGAGACCGAGGAGGACGAGAAAGUCCUACAUGCUGCGACGGACUCUCCCUCCCCCCCCAUCUCCUCCUGUUCUUCCCCCACCUCCAAGCGUUACACCUGUCGCUGGUGUAAGAAGGGUUUUGCCUACAAGUGUCGAAUGCUGGCCCAUGUGAAGCGCUGCCCCAUGUCCCAGGAGCAUGAGCAGCAGUGCCCUCAUUGCCCCUCGAAGUUGCCUAAUCAGCGAGCCCUGCAGAGGCAUCAGGCUGAGGCUCACCGCAGCACCACACGAGUGAAGAAGAAGGUGGCCUGUGACCUCUGUGGGCGAAACUUCGCCCACCCAUCAGGCAUGAUUUACCACAAGCGCACUGAGCACUUUGAGGAGAAACCGUUUGCUUGUGAGGACUGCGGCGCAAAGUUCGGCGCAAACUCGUCUCUGAAGAACCACAUGAGGCUGCACACGGGGGAGAAACCUUACCACUGCAAACACUGUGACAUGAGCUUCAGCGUGGCUGCUGCACUCGCAUACCACACCAAGAAGAAACAUUCUGAGGGGAAAAUGUAUGUGUGCCAGUACUGUAAGGCCGUCUUCGCCCAGUCCAUUGAACUGACACGACAUGUGCGAACACACACCGGAGACCGGCCUUAUGUGUGUCGAGAGUGUGGCAAAGGAUACAGUCAGGCCAGUGGCCUCACUGUCCACCUGCACACCUUCCACAAUUUGUCGGAGCCUCAUGACUGUCAGAAAUGCUGUCUGAGCUUCUCCUCAUUGGAGGAACAUCGCCAGCACAUCCAGGAGUUCCACCCAAAAGAGUUCCACAAGUGUCCUACCUGCAACAAAGUGUUCACCAGCGCCGCCCUGCUGGACAAACACAAGGGCACACACACUGGAACAAAGCCCUUCAGCUGUGACCUCUGCAACAAGUCUUAUCAGCAACUGUCAGGUCUGUGGUACCAUAACAGGACCAACCACCCCGAUGUGUUUGCUAGUCACACCCGGCAGCUCAAGACUCUGGUCCAGUGUGAUGUCUGCUUCAAGUUCUUUCCUAGUGCUGCCAGCGUGGCCAAACACCAGGCUGCUGAACACCAGGGCUCAGCAGCGUCAGCGGUGCACUGUCCAUACUGCCAGGCGGUGUUGGGUGGGGAGGAGGAGAUGCAGGAGCACAUCAGCAGCCAGCAUGUCAGCGAGCAGAGCUGCCCCGUGUGCUCCCUGGUUUGCACCUCCCAGGUGGAGCUGCAGGAACAUGUGAUCUCCUUCCACAUGGAGCCACAGGAGGAGCAGGAAGCCCCAGAGGAGAAGGCCUCCACCUCCCAAACAGUGACUGCAGCAGAUCCCACAGGCAGUGAAGGAGGAGAGCCAAUCACCUCCGAGGAGCAGGCACAGCUGGCAGCCGCCCAGCAGGUGUUUGUGGCUCUGGCAGGUGGAAGAGAGGGCGAAACAUCGGCGGAGGUGGUGGAGGUCAACAUGUUGGAGCUGCUCAACAGCUCGGUCACAUUCAUCUGUGAGAACAAACCCUCAAAUGCAGACUCUUAACCAUCGGAUUGGAGGAUCACUGUGGACGCUGAGCAGUUUUAUUAUCUUCAUCAGUCACUACAACCCUGACUCCAGUAGGGAUGCUGUGUAAAACCUAAAUAAAACAGAAUGUGCUCAUUUGUUAAUCCUUUUUGACAUAUAUUCUGUUGAGUUUGAUGGCAACAACAUGUUUCAAACACGUAGGGACAGGAGCAUCAUGACUGGGUAUGAAAAGAGCAUCCUCCAAAGGCUCAGAUCACAAACAAGGAGGGGCUGAGGUUCAGCACGCUGACAAACACCUGACUGUAUCACUACAGGGGCACGCAAACACUUUGUAAAACUGUCACAGUUUGUUCUUGAAUGAUUGUAUUCUGUUUUUAUUUAUGUUUUAUACAAUUUUUAGAAAUCAACAAAUGCUCAACUGACACGAUUCCCAAGCCAAGGAUCCUUUGUGUUGUACGUCAUGUUUAAAAUAUUUUCUCUGGUGUUUUCUCUUUUGUUUUGAAGUUUUAAUAAAUGUGGUUAAACUGUG